CAAAGAUGAAGAGAGGUUCAACAGGGAUAAGUAACCGAAAGAGGAAAAAUGGGAAUAAUUUCAUCAGAUUUGAAGAUACUUCCAUUACAACGGAUGCAGGUGGCUCUUCUGAUAACUCAGAAGAGGAUGAGUCCAAGGCAUUUGCCAAAAACAAGCACCUGAAAGACAUCAAGCAUCCAUCUUUUUAUACUAUCUGGAAGGAAUCUCUUGCUUAUUUGAUAUCGGAUAUAAAGAAGAAACCCAGAUCUUUUAGGAUAGGAGUUUUUACAAUUACUUUGGUGUGCUCUUUUAUAGUCAUGCUAGACUCUUUAAUGGCUCUAGCUCCACUUUUCUCACACAAUCCAAUGGGUGAUAAUGAUCUUUCUGCAGUUGUGAGACCUCCAUUUGGCCCCCCACUAGUGAAAGGAAACCGAGCAGCCAAAGUUGAAGGAGAGCUUGAUCUAGUAGACUCUAUUGUCCAGGCCUCACAGAGAAUCAAAGAUAAUGAUUUAGAUAGUGAUUCACUUUACUCAGGGAUGUAUUCUGGAUAUAGCAACAACAAAAAGCAAACUCCCCAGCAAAUUUUUCAGAGAUUCUUAGAUGAUCCUAGUAGCUUUAUUACAAACGUUACAAGAGUUGAAGAAAUACUUGAGACCUCUAACAGAACCAAGGACUUGAUCCACGGUGUAUAUGGGAGAUUUACUCUUCCUUGAAGAGUGAUGUCAGGGAACCAAUCAGCCCCAGGAAUGCUCUUGGUGACUCACUCCAUGAAGGAAAAUGAUAUUGGUGUGGCACAUGGAUUUCCUUCAGAAGAACUUAAUUCUCAUGAAAUGUAUGUCAGUGACUCCUUGACAGAUCUUCUCCAGCCAACCAAUAAUUCCCUCACCGUCCAUAUAGAUGGAGAGAUGUUCUCUACAGGUCUUGAGAUGCUUCAAGAGCAAGAUGAUGCACCCAAGAUGGAUCUCUCAUCAGUUAUGGAUGCUUUCUUUGAUUUCUUUUUAAGAACAGAGGUGCCGAAAAUUGAUCCGACCGGUCUGGUAAAAAUGUUCCUGCUUAGGAACAAAGAUGACGUAAAGCAAGCGUUCAUCAAUAUCCUGAAGGACCAGAACAUCACUGCUGGUCAGUCUAAAGAGGAAAGUUUGAAGAAUAUCAAGUUUGAGAAGGAAUACAGAAUCAAGGAGAUUAUCCACUACCCUUACAAUAAGUGGCCGCUCUAUUACGGAAAUGUAGUCAUGGUGGAUUACAGGUCUAUCCAAAGCUUACUGAGAAGGAGACUUCUCAACUCUAUGGACAGGCUUGAGCAAGUCCCUGAGCUGAAGAUCCUUGGAGUCAGUUUUAAUUCCAUAUUUGCAAGGUACUUUAGAGCUAUAGACCAGCUUGGUAAUUUCGGCAUGUCAGCAGACAUUUUAUAUAAAGAUCGGAACAGCUUAAUUUAUCAUCAAGAUUUGGAUGAGAUGAAGAUACGUAUGGAGAAAAUUGGCAUCCAGCUUUCUCAAAACUACUCUCUUUCGAGUGCAAAACUGGAGAAUAUGGAGAACUUCCAGGUCUUCACAGAUAUGCAAGACAGUUCCUUCAUAUGCAUCAUCGUUCUCCUAACCUUUGUGAGUGGGAUUGUAGUCUACUCAUUGAUGCUGUUCGAUAUUGAUGAAAGAAGAUAUGAAAUGGGAAUGCUCAGAACUCUAGGAAUGUCAAAGAAGUCCAUCGUUGUCAUUAUUAUUAACCAAGCCUUCUGAUUCGCCAUUCCAGGCCUUAUCACAGGCCUUAUCCUAGCAGCAUUACUGUAUGCAUUCUGAUGCUUCCUAGUAUCUUCAUGGUCGCUCACUGUAGUGCCUUAUGUCCUAAGAUGGAGGUCAAUUUAUUAUGGAAUAACAUUUAGUCUUCUAAUGCCUGUUUUUGCAAAUAUCUUACCUAUUAGGCAGGCCUUAUCUGGGUCUUUAAGAGAGUCUCUAAAUGUGAUUCAGCAGAACAUGAGCGAAAUGAAGGUAAUGAGGAUCAGAUUAGACCAGCUUGGAAUAUCCCCAAACCAGCUGUGACUUGCAGUAGUUCUUAUUGUUAUGGGGAUUCUGACAUAUUACGUUGCCCCAAUAGCUUUUCUUAACAAUAACAUGUACUUAUUCAUGCUAGUGAUGGAUUUUGUGUUGAUAUUCAUGGUUUUGGGGCUCUCGUUCUCAGCCCAAAUACUAUUGCCGUACUUUGAAGAAUGGAUCUUGACAGGGUUGGUUGAAACCUUUUACCGAAACUCUAAGAAAUUGAGGACAAUAAUUUCAAAAAAUCUGAAGAAUCACCAGAUUCGUAACUCAAAAACAGGGAUGAUGUUUACGAUCACGCUUGCUUUCAUGAUAUUCGGAACUUGUAAUUUUGACAACGUUGGCUUUCUAGUGAGUGCUGGCCUGAAGGAAGCAAUUGGAGCUGACAUUGCUAUUCUCAAGCUUAUAGACCUCCAGCGGCAUGAUUACUCAGGCGGGAUCAAUGACCCCACAGUUAUUAAGCAGAAAGAUAUGGGCCUUCCCGAGAAAGAAAUCAGAGAAACUCUUGACAGCCUGAAGGCGAAAGGUUUUGUACAAGAAUACUCCUUCGUCUCACCAGAUCUGGAUAAAUUAGUCUCUAAUUCUCCCCUCUCUUCUAUAGAUGAUUAUGGGUAUGAGCUCAUGAAUGUUAAUGGAGAUUCCUCUGUACCUAAAAUUUAUGGUGUUGAGAAGACUCUUCUUAGGUCAAUCUGAGAUGAGUAUUAUUACCCACAGAGCGAGAACUCAAAGUUCAAUUAUGAAUACCUUCCUCAUGGCCAAAAGGAUGCAGUCAAGACGAUGUUUGAGAUCACUAACAAUAACAUCUCUCACUGGGAGUCAGGAAAAUUUGACCCAAAAAAGAUCCUCUCUUCAAUAGACAACAAAGAAGAGAUUAUUGAUAUUGAAACUUUUAAUGUUCUCAUUCCAGAAUCUCUCAAGUGGAUUUUCGCCUUCGAUGCUGGUAAUGACAAGUUGAAUUCAGCCAGUAUCUGAUUCACCCAGAAAAGUCGUGGUCCUGUCAGUUUUGGCCGUAACCUUCAAGAUGAAUUCGAGACUUCAGUCAUGACUGAGGCUUCCUCUGGUAAAUGCACUAUCAAGUGGAAAGCCAAUAUUAUCGCAAAUGCUAAGAAAGUUCCAGGUUUCUUGGGUUACACAGGAUUCAAAAUCGGAGCCUUUGACUCAGAUAUGAUUGUACCCAUGAAUGAGUACGCUAAGUUGUACAGAAGAACUUUUCUGAAUCCACUCGAAUUUGAUGAAAGCGAGGAUUUCUUCUCUUACGGGAUUCCCAAGAUCAGGCUCUUUGUCAGACUUACUGAAGGUCUGAGUAAGUCCAAGCGAACCAUCGUCAAGAACCAACUCUCAGCUCUGGUUGAUUCAGGCAGUAGUAAGAUUGAAGAAACAGUGCUUGUGGUUGACACUAUUUCAGAGAUUGAGAAGGUAGAGACAAGUAUGAUUAUUAUGAAGUUCUUGAACAUGAUUAUCUCAUGCAUCGCCCUGAUACUCGCAUUCUUCCUACUGAUUAUCUCUAUUAUUGCAAAUAUCAGAGAUUCUACCUACGAAAUUGCUGUUUUGAGAGCAAUUGGAACAACCAGUCAUGAUGUUACGAAUAUUUAUGUCAUCGAGGCAUUGAGCAACAACAUUGCAUCCAUAAUUCUGGGCUUAAUGGUUGGUAUCACUGUGAGUAGUACUCUAGGAGCACAGUAUUUCUCAGUAAUGGAGGUUCCAUUCGAGCUACUGCUCCCAUACAAGAUGAUUCUUGCAAUGAUUAUAAUCUCCUUAUUAAUCCUCUUCAUUGGAACGUACAGGUCUACAAAAGUGAUUGGCAAUAAAUCAAUAGCUGGAAUCCUAAAAUCAGGCUCUCUCUAAACAAUUUGUGACCAAGUUUCAACCA